UCUCCCCCCCACCCACCCACCCACCCUAAGUUACAUCUGCUACUACCUGCUCCCAACUGUUGGGCUUAAAGUCACAUCAGCUAACUAAGCUCCUAGAGAAUGGGACCAAAUAGCUGCCCUGUUGGGUGUGCAAGUGACACCUACUUACUUUUAGUAUUGGCUCUCCUGCACUUUCUGACUUUAUAAAGCAGGUGUUGAUGGUUGGAAAUAAUUGAAGAAAUGUGAAAAGCUGUCAGAAUUGUACAAUACUUUAGGAUGCUGUAAUGUUAUACACAUCUUGGCUUUUUCCUCAGAUGGCCCUGUCUUUUAAUACAUUCUCUGGUUGCUUUGAAAAAAAAAAAAACUGAGAUAAAGGUGCAAUUUCCAAGUUAUAAUGUGUUUGUCAGGUAGUUGUAUGUUGAAAAAUGGCUUACGUUUUCUGUAAAAACUGCAAUGAUUGUAGCAAAAAGUGGAUGUUUUCAAGAAAUGUACAUUAUUUUUUACUUUUUGAAAGAUUUUAUUUGCAGCUUAGUUGAUGUGUUUCUCUUUUUGUUCAUUUUCCCCAUCUUUAAUCGUUUUUGGAGAAGAAAUUAAACUGAAUCUAAAUGGCUUAAUGAACAAACUUGUUUUGGUGUUGAAGUACUUUUCUAAAUGUGCCAAAUCAUAUCUCUUUUGCUCAUCUCAAUAAAUCACACCCAAAAACAAUAUAAAUAGAUAUCUGUUAUCUUGUUUUGUUAAACCCACUAUUUUUGAACGCACUGUGAAUCUUUGAAAGACAGCCUUUGAGCCCACUGGGUGCUAAGCAUCCGUCUUCGGUUGUAACUACAGGCUAACUACAGUUAAUUUAGAUCACCGGUUUUCGUUUUUUGCGCACACCCUGAAAUUGCGCCUCAGCCUAUAACAUCUCCAGCAGCCCACGUCCAGGCGUGUUUAAAUAAAGGAAGAGACGCUUCAGUCUGAUUGAUGUGCGCUUUAACCAUCGACUGGCUAAUCCCGAUGAAUGACAAACGGUUAAGCCAAUUGCUGUAAAGGCAAUUUAUAUUCCCAUAGUAUCUUUAUUUUGGGAAACCAUAAAAAACGCUCAUGACACGGAGAGGGACGACCAACCAGGCGUAAAGCUAAUAAAAUCAUCUGGGCGAUAAUCCGCUCUCAAAUUGGCCUCAUUCGGGAAUUGAGAAAAAUUACUCUCAGGCUUUCUUUUUCUCUCACACAUACAUACAUACACACGCACGCGCGCGCACACACACAUCCACCCCACGGCCAACAUUUUUAGACUGCUAUGUCGUGACCGGAGCGAUGCAAAUGUCACACGAUUCGAUGGCUACUGUCAGUCUACGGAACAAAAACGUCAAUGUUUUGGUGGCCUUUGGAUGAAAUUCGCUUCGCGUUGCCCGGCUGCAGCUGUGGAAGGGGGUCGUUAGAGACCCGAGGCUUCAUCGGGGCUCGCUUCAGCACCUGGACAGCUCCCCUCGCAGGGUUCCCCGCUGCGCUCGCCGGGGAAACCCUCGGCUGGGGAGCGGAACCUGGAUCUGGAUCUGGAUCAAGCCUCAUCAAUCUCAGCGAGGAGGAGGCUGCACUUAAAGGGCCGUUAUUUCACCGUUCUGAUAACAAUUACAGCUAAUAUGAUCUUGCCGAGUGACGAUGCUUCUUGCAUUUGAGCUUCAGCCCCUCUUUGGUUUUGCACUGAAAUCCGAGCAGCGGAAGCAGCAGCAGCAGCAACGGCGGCGGUGGUGGUGCUCGUCCAAUGCAAAAGUGCUAAGGAUAGCUGCAGCCUACACACCGUGCGAGCCUGCUGCUGCUUCACUUACAUUGAUCACCGCCGAGAGAGACAUUUCUAUCAGCAAGGGGGCAGCGGGAGGCACAAUUACCCGUCAACAAUGUAAAUCUCACACAGGGUUCAGCAUGAAAGCAGCAUCUCUCAGGUGGGAAGUUGACCUGCAGCACUAAAACAGACAGAAGUGAGUGGAAACCUUUUGACAACCUCCACCACAUCUCUAUCUCCUCCAUCACCCAGGAUCAUGGCUAAUUCUGACGAAGUGGAGCAGGCAGGUCUGUCAGAUUUGGAGAUCAUCUCCCAGCCGGUGGAGGAUGAGAACCAGUGCUUGGCUCCUCCAGUCCAGCUGGUGAGUUUUGGCUACAGAGAUCUGCCCCUUGCAGCUCUGGACCUCUCCCUGGCUGGCUCACAGCUGCUCUCCAAUGCAGAUGAAGAUGAAAACAGGGAAGGGUCCAACUGGCUGAAGCCGUGCUGUGGGCGUCGAGUGGCCCUGUGGCAGGUCUGUCUGCUCAGUGCUGGCUUCAAUUGCAUCCUGGUGGCCUGCGUUAUCCUGGUGGUGCUUUUCCUGUCUUUGGAGCUGCUCAUAGACACCAAACUCUUACAAUUUUCCAAUGCGUUCCAAUUUGCCAGCAUUAUCCACUGGAUCAGCCUUAUCAUUCUGUCACUCUUCUUCUCAGAGACUGUCUUCAGAAUUGUUGUUCUUGGGAUCUGGGACUACAUAGAAAACAAAGUUGAGGUGUUUGAUGGUGCAGUUAUUGUGCUGUCCCUGGCCCCAAUGGUGGCAUCCACAGUGGCCAAUGGGCCCAGCAGCCCCUGGGACGCCAUCAGCCUCAUCAUCACACUACGCAUUUGGAGGGUCAAGAGGAUCAUUGAUGCGUAUGUGUUACAAGUCAAAGUUGAAAUGGAACUGGAGAUCCAGCAGUGUGAGAAGACCAAGGCUGUGAGAGAGGAGCAGCUGGAGCGUCUCACUCAGAUUUGUCAGGAGCAGGCUUUUGAGAUCAGGCAACUGAGGGCACAUCUGGCCCAGCAGGACCUGGACCUUGCAGCAGAGCGUGAAGCAGCCAUGCAGAUCCACCAUGUUUGGGACAAACAGGGCAGGAAUUUUCAGGUUGUGGAAGGUUUGCCUCCUGGGGAGUCUGACGAUGAGGGUGGUCAGAGAAACCCCAGGGAGCCUCAUGUCACUUCAGAUCCAGUUGUACGUGAUGACAUGAACAACUACAUCAGCCAAUAUUACAGUGAAGCAAGCAGCGAUGCUGGGGCUUCUGGCUUAGGUGCGCGGGUCAUCACGACAGCAGCCAUUGACGUUCACCUACCCACCAGUACAAACGUCAUCCAGUCAAAUCCUAUGCUUGCUAUGGAGCGGGUGGGCAGCGCUGUAAGUGAUGCCUCCACCAGCAUAUCACGGUCCAGUGGCAGCCUCACAGCCCGCCCCCACAGCCUGAGUAGCCAUACUCCGGGUUCAUCAAUGACAGACUGCAGCAGCAGCGCAGCUCAGGACUUCAGUCUGAGCUACAGCUCCCAUCGCUGCUGCCCCCCUUCCUUCUCAGGCCAGGACCCCUGCAAGGACCCCAGCAUGGUGGUGCAGGAGCUACUCUCCUCCCUCUCUGAGGACUCCUGCCUUGCUCAAAAGGGCCUAGUAGUAGACCCUGUCAACCUCAAGCUUCCCAGUCCGACUGGCUCAGAAAAUGCCAGCCCUGAAUUGGACAACAGAAUAAACAUUUUCAAUCGCAGGAACCAAGAGGAGAGACGGGGCCGGGGAAGAGGUUGUGUGCUGUUGCAGACCAAGCCACUGAUCCACCUGCAGGGCAGCAGCACUGAGCCGUCACUGGAGGAGAAGUACCGGCUACUGGGACCAGCUGACUCACCUCUAGGGCAUAUGUCUGAUACAUAAGCAAGCGUUAUUUACACAGGAACAGAAGCUUUUACUCUUUUUAUUUUUUACUGCCAUCCCAUUUGGCAUAUAUCUGAACUUUUGUGACAGAUCAAACCUCAUGAGAGGGACCACACAAGAUUUGAAAAUUGGAUUCAUCUGUUACUGAGUAAAUCGAGACUUAGCCAAUUCAGAGCAAGCUCAAGCCUUAGCUUCUAGCUAACAGCGAUGCUCCUUGAGUUGUUGUUUUCAGCUGUCAUUAGUAGAAAUUAAAAAUGAUCAUUUUUGGGCCCUUUGGCAUCCUGUCUAACCUCCCCUGUUUCUCCUUAAUAGAUUUUUGAAAUCCAAGAAACCCCAGAUAUAGCACAACAAAGACAAUACCACCCUAUCAAAGGGGCAUCUAAUGUGUUUUUGGACACAUUCUUCAUCAGGAAUUCUCACUUUGAAUAGGUCCUAAAUGCACUGAACUUUACGUGAAUUAAAACCAGCAAAGGGCCAUUCAAGCCUAUACUGAACAAAAACAUAAAUGCUGAGCAGUGUUGCCAUCUUAGACACUGCUCUUGAGAAUUUCAAGCAGUAAAAGGAGUGUUUUCUAUUGCUUUUUGUUGUUGUUCUGUUUCUUUUCAGUUUUAUUUUCAAGUUUAAACAUUAAUUAUGCUGUUCUUUGUUUAAACAGCCACAGGGUAAAUACUGUAAGACUGGCUAAACUAUUGAAAAGCCAAUUUUCUACCUUUGCCUUUUUGUCACCUGUUUGAUUUAAAGACCAUGGACCAUCAUCAAAAUUUAUUAAAUAGCAGUUUUGUUUUCAGAAGUUGUUAGUAGGGUAUAUUUGUGUGGUUGAAAUGAAACGGUAACUGACUGGGCUCUUCACAUGGAACUAGACUGGAGUGCUUGUAGCAUGAACCUUUAAAAGAAAUGUGCCAUAAACGGUGAGCAAAUUCUUUGCACUUUAAUGUUUACAGACACUUUUGUAAACUUCAUAUGGAGGAAGUCAUUGCCAAAUGAAGGUGUUGUCAAUUGAAUGAAAAUAGCAAAAAAUAAAAGAUAGUAUUUCUUUAACUGCUCUUAGA